GGGACGGGGCCGGAGCCAUGGCGGCCGGCGCCGAUCUGAGCGGCGGCCUGGAGCCGCUGCCCGUGGCCGUGGCGCCGCCCGGGGAGGCCCCGCCGGCCUUUCAGUACAGCCCAGACAACGUGGCUGGAGCAGAUGGAGACGUUGACCCCACUGAAAUCACCUUCCCAGGUUGUUCCUGCCUCACCAGCUCCUGCCUGCCUCCCGCCUGCUCCUGCCUUCGCCACGGUGAAAACUACAGCAACUCCUGCCUCAGGGCUGCCGAGGAAGAGGAGGGGUACAGCAGGCCUGUGUUCGAGUGCAAUGCCAUGUGCCAGUGUGGGGAAUCCUGUCAGAACAGACUUGUCCAGAGGGGUUUGCAGCUCAGGCUGGAGGUGUUCAAGACCGAGAAGAAAGGGUGGGGCCUUCGCACGCUGGAAUUCAUAGCCCGGGGCAGCUUCGUCUGUGAGUAUGCUGGGGAAGUUCUGGGCUUCAGUGAGGCACGGAGAAGAAUUCAGGCCCAGACAUCAAAGGAUUCCAACUACGUUAUAGUGGUGAGGGAGCACCUCCACAGUGGGGGGGUCAUGGAGACUUUUGUCGACCCCACCUACACCGGUAACGUCGGCAGGUUCCUGAACCACUCCUGUGAACCAAACCUCUUCAUGGUGCCAGUCCGAGUGGACUCCAUGGUGCCCAGGCUGGCCCUUUUUGCAGCCACUGAUAUUUCUGCUGGGGAGGAGCUUUCCUACGAUUAUUCUGGAAGAUUCCAUAAUCCACUAAACCCUGUCAGAGAACAGAAGCCUUCAGAGGAAGCUGAUGGACUGAGGAAACCUUGCUACUGCGGUUCCCGCACAUGUACUUCCUUCUUGCCUUGGGACAGCUCCCUCUUUGCCACGCUAGACCCUUGCUCAGGGAGCUCCCCGUAGCUCCUCAGCCAUGUUCUCUGGAAGUUAAACCAAACUCUGCCUAUGAAUUCCAGCGAGGAUGCAGCUCUGGUGUUGAGGAACAGCUGAAAGAAGCUUGACAGUCGUUUUUGCAACAUCCAUUCUUUGCUCUGUGCAGUUUGAGCUUCAACUCCGUCAUUACCUUUCACCAAACACACACAAAGCAGAGGGUCUUGGGGGGAUUUGCUGCUCUGCAGAUCAUUGGCAAGUCCUUUUUUAAUGAAAAAGACAACUUAGAUUGGGACCUGAAAGACUAACCUGACAGUGCCAAGGGACAAAAGACAUUUUGCUGCUUGUUGCUAAACACAAUCUGACUUGGUCUCUACUUGUACUUGGUCAGCUUCAGUGUUAGCUGCUGCACAUUUUAUGUGUGGCCUUCAUGCUUCUGCUGCUGGGAAGAAUCCCUGCAUGGUGGGGUUGGAAGGGACCUCUGCAGAUCAGCCAGUCCAAGUCCCUGCCAAAGCAGGGCACCCCCAGCAGCUUGCCCAGCAGCACAGUGCCCACUGGGGCCAGAAGCUCUCCACACAUGGAGACUGCACAAUCUCUGUGGGCAGCCUGCUCCAGCACCUUCACACCGAACAACUUUCUCCUCCUGUUUAGGUGCAGGAUUAGGAGGAAUUUACAUGUGGCUGGGGUGUUAAAAAUCAUCAUGUGAUUGUUGAUCAUUAAGGUCACUUCUGUCAGUACAAAAAGCUUGCAGAGGGUUUCAGCUGCAUGGCAAAAGCAGUUCACUAACUGUUGACUCUUCAUUCCCUGCCUAAUCAAGGGUGUCUGCUUCUACAGGAGAACCUCUCCAGGUCUGCACACUGCACUGGAUACCAGAUCACAGCCGGGGCUGUGAGGUCUUUUGUCCUAUCCAGAGUCUGAUCUGGUUUUCUUCCCUCAAAGGGCACUGUGCAGGGUUGGAAGGGGAUGAUCCCAUCUGCUUCUUUCCCUCCUGGAAAAAGUGUCACCACUAGUUGGACACCAGCUGCAUUCCUGCUCCUCAGGGUGAGAUGGGUUUGCAAGCUGACAGCAGGGUGUGUUACCUUCCUGUCAGCAAUUUGCACUUGGCAUGGUCUGGAGUAGCUAAGGAAGUGGAGAGUCAAACAAACCAACCCCAAAACACAACCCCCCAGACACCAGGAGCGCUUAUCAGCUCCUUACAUCACCAGCUUUGAAGCAGAGAACACAGCUCUGCCUCUAUCUCUCGGCAACCCUACCCUUACAGUCCCAGCUGCUGGUAUCAGACACCUGGCUAGGGCAGAAUUCCAAGGAUGAAACAAGAAGAAAGCUUUGUACUGCUGAAAGCAGUAGCAGCCAGCCCUUGGAAGGCCACUCAAGGACAUGAAAUAUGUUGUCAACAAGUUCUAAAGCCUGAGGGCAAUCCCAGAAUCCCAGCAUGGAGUGGGUUGGAAAGGAGCUCUGGAGGUCAUCCAGUUCAGGGCCCCUGCUAAAGCCCAGCUGGGCAUAGAAGCUCUCCACACAAGGAGACUCCACAACCUCUCUGGGCAGCCUGCUCCAGGCCUCCAGCACCCUCACAUCAAACCUCUUUCUCCUCCUGUUCAGGUGGAAUCUCCUGGGUUCCAGUUUGUGCCCAGUGCCCCUUGUGCUGUCCCUGGGCACUGCUGGGCCAGCCUCAUCCUCCUCCUGCCCCCUACCCUUUAGCCAGGAUUCUGUUCUGCCCAUUUCUCUUCCUCCUUGCUCAAAUUCCUCUCCUUUAAAAACAAUGUAAUAAAAAUACCCCCCUUAGAAGAGUUUCAGACUUUACCUUCUUAGAACUCAGGGCUCACAGGUACCUCUGCCAGCUUCUCACUCUAACCAUCUUGAUCCAAGGAGAGAACCUUUGGUUACCUUCAGUUUGUUGUGAUGCUUUCUUUGCAGGUACCCAAAUGAAGCCAACACUACAGCCAUGACAUUGUCUGCUCCUCCAUCAAUAAAGUGCAGCACAAAGAAAUGCUUAGAGUUUAUUCCAGCAUGUACAACAUUUCUGACCACCAUGCCCCUGAGAAUUGCCACCCCUCAGCUGCAGAAGGCACUCUAGAGCAGCAAGGAUCUACCUAGAACAAAACCCAUCAUUUCUGGACCUGAUUUUCCCUGCAGCAGGAGUGUUAACACAAAAGCUACACUGUCUGCCUAGGCAGCUGCCUGCCAGUCCUCACUCUUGCCUCCUUCCAUCUUACAAAGCUGCCUAGAAUUUAACUGCCUCAGGAUUUAUUUCAAGCCCUCUAGAAAAUGAAGUCCCUGUAGAAAUUCCAACUAUGUAAAGAUGCCUUUGUGAUUUAAUUAACAAAUAAAACUAUGCCAUAAAUAA